AUGUACGUUCUCAAGUCUGCCAUCGCUGUCACCAUACUGGCCAGCCUCGCUGUUGGCAAGCUGGUAGGGCCCCAUUCCGACGGUCCCGAAGCGAACGCUCGUGGCAAGACGGGUAUUUCCUCGUGUUCUCGGGCCAUCUUGGAAGCUGCCGGGAUCGACCCGAGCGUCGUGAAGAGCGACGUGGACAGCGACGUGGAGAAACCAGACUCUGACCUUAAUGACCACGUCUUCAAACGCCGCGUCUCUGAUGGAAUCCACCGCCGUGACGUUGAUAUACGAGUCCGCAUGGACAUGGCCAAGGGAGCGAAAAGCGGGCAAAGCAUCGGGACCAAGUACCUGGCAACCUGCGUCGGUAUGGCCAUCGUCGGACAUCAGCGCGAUAGUAUGAAGCAUCAAGCCCUGGUCGCACACAAGUCCCCCAUGCUCGAUACUGCUUGGGACGAGUUGGUUGGACUGUACAACGCCUCAGGGCUGACGAACGCGAAAGGGUACAUCAACAUCGUGAAACCGGAUAGCCUCACGAAGGGAGGAGAGUACAAGAACUUGAACCAGGAAAGCAAGGACUAUGCGAUAGGCCUUGUCGAUGGGAAAAACAAGGAGUCCAUUAAUAGGUUGACUAUGUUGCUCGGCAGCGCGCCCACAGUAGCCGUGCACGAUUUCCUAGACUCUGGCUGGAUCGAAGUCUCGGAGUCGAAUGAUAUUACUAUGAACGAGAGACGCUACUAG